AUGACGACUGUCGUACGGACCCGUCAGCCGCUACAAAUCCUGAGCAUGAGCAGUAACCAGAGGCGCAGCAAACGCCUUGCGGCCGAGGCAGUAUAUGACGAGCAAGAUGGCGACUUCCUAUUCACGCGCGGUUCCAAGAGAGCCAGAACCACAUCGAUAGCUCCAGCAUCCACGAUAGAGGAGCCCGAGAACGAACCAGUGCCGAUAUCGGUGCCCGCGAAGAAGCCCGCCGGGAGACCACCAAAGAACAGCGCAAGGAAGCACGCAUCAUCCCCUGUGCAAGAGCAGUCGCCUCCGCCACCACCAGCUGUACUACAGCAGCAAAUUUCCGGACCGAUACCGAGGAGGACGUCGAAACGAAAAUCAAAUGGUGCUGCUGCCCCGCCAGCACCCGCGCCUGCACCUUCAGCGUCACCAGCCGACAAUGAAGAGGAUGCUGCUCCCAAACCGAGAGGUCGGAGGAAAGGCCGCCCACCAAAACAACAGAAGGAGAAUAAGGCACCGCGACCAGUAAACGGCAUGCGCGCGGUACCCGAAGAGGAGGACGAGGACGAGGACGAUGGUGACGGGCCGAAUCUCGUGGGCGCGACGCCAAUGGACAUCGACGAUAGACCGGAUGCGAGGACUAAGGGCCGAAAAGGAACAGGGCGAGGGAGCUCCAACGAGCCACAGCAAAUCGUACUACCACUCAGCGACACGCCAAUCAUCAACCGGAACAAAGAGAUGAGGAAAAAGGGCGGUGCUGGUGGUAGUCGGCGAAGCAGCUUAGGGAUGAGAGGGCGACGAGCCAGUUCCUUGAUCGAGAACGGACAUAGUGCGAUACCGCAUCGCGAGGUCGACCCGUCCGAGUUCUACAAACAUAUCGAAGCUGAGGGGCUGAGCGAGCCAAGGCGGAUGAGGCAGCUUUUGACGUGGUGCGGUGAAAGGGCUCUUAGUGAGAAGCCACCGCAUGGUAGUCAUGGGUCCAGUGCAAUUCUUGGAGAGAAAAAGGCCUGGCAAGCCCUCGCCAAAACUCUCCCAGACCUCGAACCGCUCUACCCCGACCCCGACCCCACAAAGGCACCACUACCGGAACCGUUCCUUCUCGACACCGAAGAAGCCAAAAUCCUCGCCUCCUUGACCGAAUCCGACACGGUCUUCAGCUCCUUCCGGCGCCGGACGCGGUCGCGCCUGCAGAACGUGCAGUCCUCGCUCGAGUUCAAGAUCGACCACCUGGCCGACAGCGUGCACAAGCUGGACAUGCGUGUGUCGACGGCGGGCCGGGAGGCGGAUCGAGUGCUUGCGCUGAGCGCGGCACGGCUGAAGGAGCGCGAGGAGAGGGAGAAGGGUAAGGUCGGGACGAGGGAUUUGCCGACUAUUGAGGUGUUGAGGAGUUUGGGGAGGAUAUUACCUGCUGAGGGGGGCUAA